UCCAGUCGACACGGUAGCCGGCACACUCUCUCGCCAUGGCCGCCGCGAGAAUGACCAAAGGCAAGGCGCAGCCUUCGCCCCGAGAGUUGUACCAAAACGUGUUUGUUGAGGGCGAGGGCUUUGAGGUCGUCCGUGACCGGCUACAGACCACCAUUCACGUGGUAGAGGAGCUGGCUACCUUUGCAAAGGCCGCCGCCGCUGCGCAGAGCAAGUACGGACGCUCACUGACCAAGUGCCCACCGGUCCUUACUGCCCUCGAUUCGUUGGGCGAGACCAGCUCGAGCGCGUGGCGCGAGGUCCGCAGGGAGUGGGACCGCAUGGCCGAGAAGAUUCUGGUCUAUGCCGACAAGCUCGAGUGCGACGUUGCCGGCGAGCUGAACGACCUGUGCGAGGUGGCCAAGUAUGAGCUCCGCGCUGCUGACAAGGCCGGGGCCAAGUUCGACAAGGCACACGCCAAGGCCAUUGCUGACGUCCGCAAGAAACGCGAGGCCUUUCACAAGGACACCGCCGCCGUUGCCGCCGCGCUCGAGGCGCUCAAGAUUGCUCUAGAGUCGGAGAACGACAAGGCGGCCAAGAAGGCCAAGAAAAAGGCGAGCGCCACCGUGGCCGCCGCGCGCAAAGCCGAGCUUGCUUACACUCAGAGCCUGCUCGACAUGCAGAUCCGCACCGAGCAGUACUACCGCGCAAAGGCGUAUGUCGUCUCCAAGAUCAACGCCGCUGAGGUCGACGCCCGCGACGGCAUCCGCAAGUACACCGUCGCCUUGCUCACCACCCUCUCCUCGUUUUAUGAGCAUGCUGGCAAUCAUGUGGCGUGCGCUGCCGAUAAGGCUUGUCUUGCUCGCCCCGAGCGCGACCUCACCCACUGGGUUUCCAUCUCGCAGACCGGCCGCGUCCGCUCCUUCGAGGCCUAUCUCGCUCCGCCCGGCCCGGCACUGUGCGACUGCGAGACUGAGCUCGCGGAGCUCGACGCCGACAUUCUUGAGCAGCUCGAUCCGCGCCCAGAGCUGCCGGACAUAGCACACCUGCCGAGCCUCAACACGGCGCCGCCAAACACCGCCGACGUUGUCUUUGACGCAGGGGCCUUUGACACUAUCGACGCCAUUGCAAAGUCGUCGACCCGCGUCAAGAAGCGCGCCACGUCCAUUGCCCUAGAUCUCGGCAUGCUCAAGGCUGCGGUGGCCCAGGCCCAGGCCUCGGCGCCAAGUUCGGCUGUCUCGUCGGCGCCGAGCUCGACUCCGUCGUCGCGCUCAACUUCGCCGACACCAGAGCUCGCUAGCAUCGAAGAGCAAGCGAGUCUCUCACCGCGCGCUCUCUCGUCGUCGUCAUCGCUUACGCCGCCUCCGCCGUCGCCAGCCACGCCACCGGCCGAUUCUUCCCCGGUCCCGCCGCCAAUUCCGCCGCGCCCAUCGCUAGUGCUCUCGGCGCCACCGCCGCUCGCGCCGAGCGUCCGCCACUCGAUGACCUCGCUCGACGCCUUUUCAUCAUCUGCACACAUCAAGGGCGAACUUUUGGCUGUCCGGGCACUGCUAGAUCGGACGGCCGCCCCCCCGGUAUCGAGCACAGCUCAGCGGCCGCAAGCACCUGCGCCGGCCGCGCCGCCGCCCAUUCCACCCAAGCCUGUUGCGGAGCUCGACCCGGAGACGCUGACGGCCGAAAUGGACGCCAUUCUCGACGAAAUCCUGCCGUGACCUGGUUGGCUCGCGCACAUGCACUUUCAACAUUACACACAUACACUACGC